CAACUCGCACAAGCUCGCAAACUAAAACUGACAAAGCUGUGUGUACACUUUGAAAGUUCAAGUUUAUCCUGGCCUCUCUGCUCUGACUGCAGCUGGGACUGCUGCGCGAGGCUACUGUCAACUUCACCACCUGAUGGAGCAGGCAGCUGUGAGAAUCUGACAAUAUUCCAUGAGAGCGUUCUGCUAUCAUUUCGUUGAAAGACCAGCAAGAAGUGAUCAUGAUGUCUAUCCGGAGACUUCGUGGCGACCCUAAAACCCUGGGGGAUGUCAAUAUGGUGAAGGAGGAGUUGAGGAAUCUUUACUACAAACGACUGUUGCCGAUAGAGAAGCACUAUUCCUUCCAUCAGUUCCACUCUCCAAGCUACGAGGAUGCAGACUUUGACAACAAGCCGAUGGUGCUGGUGAUGGGUCAGUACUCAACGGGAAAGACGACUUUUAUCAGAUAUCUAAUCGAACAAGACUUUUUGGGGAGCAGAGUUGGACCAGAGCCAACCACUGAUUGCUUCACAGCCUUAAUGCAUGGGGAGGCGGAGGGAGUCAUACCAGGGAAUGCCCUCACCAUGGAUCCCAAAAAACCCUUUCGCAACCUUGACCCUUUUGGAAACACUUUUCUAAACAGGUUUCAGUGUGUGCAGAUGCCCAAUCAGGUCCUUGAGAGUAUCAGCAUCAUCGACACACCGGGCAUUUUAACUGCAGCAAGGAAAAAACUAAGCAGGGGCUACGACUUCCCAGCCGUGCUGCGCUGGUUCGCCGAGCGUGUGGAUCGAAUAAUCCUGCUGUUCGACGCACACAAGCUGGAGUUCUCAGAUGAGCUCACCCGGGCCUUCGGGGCUCUGUUUGGCUACGAGGACAAGUUACGAGUGGUCCUGAACAAGGCCGACAGGGUCGACUCCCAGCAACUCAUGAGAGUAUAUGGCGCCCUCAUGUGGUCGUUGGGCAAAGUGUUUAGGACGCCUGAGAUUUUGCGAGUUUACAUCGGAUCGUUUUGGUCAGAGCCAAGACAAACGUGUGACCACUACGAACUGAUCGAGCUGGAGGAGGAGGAUCUCUUGGCCGACAUAAGGAACCUUCCACAUAACGCUGCCGUGAGGAAACUGAAUGACUUGGUGAAGAGAGCCCGGCUGGUGAGGGCCCAUGCACACAUUAUCAGCUAUUUGAAGCAAGAGAUGCCAACUUUUUUUUGCAAAGAGAGCACGAAGCACAAUCUGAUCUACCAGCUUCCUGUCAUUUUCACCAAGAUCCAGCAGCAACACCGAGUUCCAGCAGGAGAUUUCCCCGACUGCACCAAGAUGCAGGAGCAGCUCCUGGGUCAGAAUUUCUCCAAGUUCAAGAAACUCAAACCGAGUCUGAUGGCUUCGCUCGAUAAACUCCUAAACAACGACAUAGCAAACCUGGUGCCCAUGCUGCAGCAACAAGAAGUGAUAAAGAAAUCCCUCCCGGGCGUGCUCGAUGGCGAGUUCCUCGGAACGUUCAGGCGCCAACAUUACAAGAGACAUCCCUUCAAAGAACUCAAAGAAGACAGCGACCAGGACCUCCACGAGUGGGUCGUGGAGAGACACAAGCCAAAGUAUGACGAGAUCUUCUACAACCUCAGCCCAAACGAGGGCAAACUGAGUGGCACCAAAGUCAAAGCGUGGAUGAUGACAACCCUUCUGCCCAAUUCAGUGCUUGCACAUAUCUGGCGGCUGUCAGAUGUCGAUGGUGAUGGUAUGUUGGACAAUGAGGAGUUUGCUUUGGCUGUCCACCUUAUUGAAGGUAAACUCGAAGGCCAUUGGCUCCCGCGUGAGUUGCCCUCUUACCUGCUGCCACCUUCCAAACGACUAAACACGACUGAAACCGAAAUCUAAGCAAGAUUUCACAGUGAAAAAAA